GUCAAAUUAGACACCUUUGUCCAAGGCAUGUUUGGAAACUAAUGAUGUUUUCAUAUGCAGUGAGUCCUCAUGCAGCUAUAUAAAGUGCCCCAUAUUUUUGCACUCUGACCAUGCAUCCUGCUCCUCAAGGCCACGGCAUACAAGAUUUCUGGGUUUACCGAAUUUGUCUCGCAUCUCGCUCCACUCUUGAUUGCAUGCUCCAAAUUGUCAUGGAUUGCUUCGCUAGCUUGAUGCCAUGCUGGAUUAAGCAAUGCUUAGGAUCAAUUAGGAGCGACAUCCAGAAGGAACAGGUCAUAUUCUUCGCCGACGCCGAAAGAGGACCGAACAAUCUGAUGAUAACAUUUCUUCGCGACCGUUUCUAUGACCGCUUCACUUGGACCGAGUUCAAGUCCCUUGGGCCGCCAGCGAUGGCUGCAGUGGUUCGGGCAGGGUGGAGAUGUGUGGCGUUGGAUCAGAUAGCGGAGUCAAUACGUGCAGGGCGGUUCGACGAGAAGGAACUGGGUAAACUUCUAAAUGAAGCCAGGGAGAGGAGGAAGCGGGUUUCCAUUCGCAAACCUUCGGAUCCAGUUAGCGUUUUUGAAAUAGACUAGGCUGGAGGAUUGGAUGGCCAAUUGCUCCAAGCCACUAGCGAUAGUAGCCAGGCAUGUAUAGAUGCAGC